UUCAGCCUUCCCAUAUACACUUAGCUUUAUUAUACUUAGAAUUUCUCUUACAAAAUUACUUUCUAUAUAGUGAACCUCUUUAUAAUAAAUUUCUCCUUUCAUGCCAAACAUGGUGGCCCUGAAUGAGAGAAAAGCGGGCUGUGUUUCGUGUCAAGUUUCGGAUCGAGGAGACGUUCACCGCUCUUUGGAAUUACUUGAAGAAUACCAUUCAGAAUUAUUUCGAUCAUCUGAAACAGAAUUAAAAUUUGCUAUUGAAAGAGUCAUUAAUACAUUCAAACAUUCACUAUUUAAUGCUUUAUGUGAUAUUCACGAAUUUUAUGAAAAUGUGUUGACUAAUGAAAGAAUUCCUGUCGGUGAUAAGAUUUUCGAGUCUCGCCGCUUCGCAGCCCGCUGGGAACGUUCCCCGAUAUUGGGGCCAUUCAAUGGAAUAAGCCAAUUACCAUCAUUAUCACCAAUACGUAGACCUAUACAACAACCCAGAUUAUCACCAAACCGCCCACCUUCAAGACGUUCAUUUGGGGUGCCGAGUGGAGGCGGAAGUGAUACUUUUCUUCAUACCUCACCAAUAAAUCGACUAAUAGACGAAACUGGUCAAGAAUGGGAAGUUGAAGAAGUUAUGCUAGAUGUAUCAAAAACGGGACUAGGCUUUUCAAUUAGUGGAGGAAGAGAUAGAGAGCUAGAUCCUGUUUUUGGGGACAAAUAUAUUCGUGUGACAGAUAUUUCGCCAGGGGGAGCAGUCCAAAAGAAUGGACGUUUACAAAUAGGAGAUGUCAUCCUUUGCGUUAAUGAUUGCGAUACAGCUAAUUGUGAUCACGAUUAUGCUGUACAGGCACUUAAGGAUGCUGGCACAUAUAUUCGUUUGCUUGUAAAACGUCUAAAGCCAAUUGUCCAGCCAGGCAUGCACCGAUCCUUAAGUCAAUCACAUAUGAAUAUGCCUAUGGGGGCAAGUGGUAGUGGAGGUUUUCAGAGGUCGUUGAGUGGAAUGGGUUCAAUGAGAAGUGCUGGAGGAAUGGGAACUCUCCAGCCUCCUAUUCGAUCACAAUCUUUGCAUCAUUUACCAAGUCCUAUGGUUGGAGGAACUGUUGGGGGAGGAGGCACACUACCUCGACAAACAGCAUCUCACUAUCCCUCACAAAUCCAAUCUUCCGGAGUUAAAUUUACUCAAUCACCAACUUCAAUUGUAGAGCCGAGUAGACAGCCGCGAUGGGUUACACUUAGAAAGAAUGAAUAUGGACUCGGUUUCAAUAUUGUUGGCGGAGAGGAUGGAGAACCCAUCUAUAUCAGUCAUAUAAUGCCCGGGGGCGCUGCCGAUUUAAAUGGCAAUAUACGAAAAGGCGAUGUUCUCCUUCAAGUAAAUGAUGUAAAUUUGACACGUGCCACGCAUGGCGAGGCGGCAGUUGCUUUAAAGGCAAUCCCGACUGGAUCCCAAGUUCAGCUUCUUCUACAGUAUAGGCCUAGAGGAAAGAGUAGAAAGAGCUCGUCUACAAAUGCAAGGAGCACAGGAUGUUGGCUACCGUUAAGAAUUAUCUGA